AAAGGGCUUCCGUUGACUGGCAGGCAUCGAAGUACCAACGAGCUCUUCGAACGACCACCAAUUUCGCCACCGAACCAUUUGUACAACAGUAGCCAUGAAGUUCCAGCUCCUCCUCGUCCUCGUGGGUUUUGCCGCCCUCACCUUCGCUCGUCCCGACGUCCUUGGCUUCGAGGGCGACGACCACGAGCACGAGCAGGAGGGAGAGCCAGGGAGAGCCGUCGAGGGAGAGUACAGCUGGACGUCCCCCGAAGGCGAGGAGUUCUUCGUGAAAUACGUGGCUGACGAAGACGGCUACAGGGUGGUGGAGUCGAACGCCGUCCCCCGCACUCACGACGGCGUGGCGGCGGACGGAAACCAAGGCUCCUUUGAUGACGAGGAAGAAGGAGAAGGCGAGGAAGACUAGAGAGGAGUUGGGGUUAAAGAGGAGGAAUAAGAAAAGACGAAGGAGGGGGGAGGGUGGUGAGGGAAAGUACGGGGAGAGGGGAAGAAAGUAGAUAGAAUGUAUUUUAAUCAGUUGUGAAAUGAGGAGAGAGAUGAAAACGAUUGAAAGAAAGACGAGAAAGCAAAUUGGUUUCUCAACGAGUGUUCUCUUGAUGUCAUCGUUGCCAUGUCUCCUCUGAUGUCUUAUUUUUUGUCUCAUUUGAUUUCUGUCUGUCCUAAAUCGCCUCGUGAAGUCACAUAAGUACAAACAUUAAAUAGUGCACUCAUGUAUUUGUGAAUAAGUGUUAAUAAAUAAUUUACAUCAA